GGGUUCUUCCAGAUAAUCAACCACAGCAUACCCAAACAUGUCAUGAACCGCAUGCUUUCGUCCAUCAAGUCUUUCCAUGAACUACCAGAUGACAUGAGAAUGCAAUAUUAUCGUAGGGACAUGUCCCAAGGUAUUGCCUACUCCACAAACUUCGAUUUGUACCACUCCAAGGCUGCCAGCUGGAGGGACUCACUGCAGGUCCGUCUGGCCCCCUCACCGCCGAAAUCGAAGCACGUUCCGGCUGUGUGCCGGGAUGCAGUGGCGGAGUGGGACCGGGAGGUGGUGAAGUUGGGGGAAGAGGUGAUGGGGAUGCUGUGUGAGGGGUUGGGUGUGAAAACAGAUAGGUUGAAGGAUAUGUCGUGUUUGGCGGAUAGGAUUAUGGCGGGACAUUACUAUCCGUACUGUCCGCAACCGGAGUUGACCGUUGGGCUGACGUGGCACACGGAUCCCGGGGUGUUAACGGUGGUGUUGCAGAAUGAGGUUACGGGAUUGCAGGUGAAGUGUGGUCAGGAUUGGAUUGAUGUCAAACCUGUCCCUGGUGGUCUGGUUAUCAACAUUGGUGAUAUGCUUCAGAUCAUUUCCAAUGAUCAAUACAAAAGCGUGGAGCAUCGAGUGGUGGCCAACCCGUUUCACGAGCCACGAGUUUCGAUUCCAGUUUUCUUCAACCCAAGCAUGAUGGGGGACUUGCAUGGACCAUUACCAGAGCUUGUGUCACCAAAUAAACCAGCUGUUUUCCGACAAUUCACUCACUCAGAUUUCAUGACUAGAUUCUUCACUAAGGAUUUUGAUGGCAAGUCCGUGACCAAUUACUACCGAAUCUAGAAGAGAUGAAGGCUG